UCCUUCCGGAAGACAGGGAAUAUUUUCUUCUUUCCCUCUUUUUUUUACAUUUUAAAAUCUUUCGUUAAGACGCAGUAUUUAUUUUUAACUACACCAAUAUGAUAGCGACUGCUUACGAAUUUGUAUUACAUUCUCCCAAUUUAAGUAAAUUGAUUAGAGAGCAGCAACUGAGACUUUUAUUUAUCUUACUGGGCUGCGUGUUGGUUUUACUAUUUUUCUUGGCAUUUUCUUGCAUAGAACUAUUUUUAGGUAGAAGAAGAAAGAACGAACUUCUUUGGAAAAUACCAGGAUGUAACGCGAAUUAUUUUUUCUUAUACUUAGCCAUCGCCAAAUCUAUUGUGUUGAAUAAUAUGAUCAAGACGAAUAUAUUAUCAUUCCAAGUACUCUGUGGAAGCACUGUCUUGUUUUACAAGGAGAAGUUAUGGAGAAUGUGGAUUGGAUUGAGGCCUGUUGUAGUUCUGUUUAAACCUGAAACAGUGGAAGUCGUUUUGAAUAGCAACACCAUACUUAAAAAGACUUUCAUGUAUGGGUUUCUUAACUAUUGGUUCAAAGAAGGCCUUAUUACUAGCUGUGGUCAAAAAUGGAGAGCUCGUCGGAAGCUACUGACACCAGCAUUCCAUUUUCGUAUUCUGGGUGAUUUUCAACCAGUCAUCGAUGAACAAUCCAAAGUACUUCUCCAAGUGCUAGAGGAAAAAACUGGACAAGUGGUCGACAUAGUACAACCAAUCACGCUGUGCACCUUGGAUAUACUCUGUGAGACUGCUAUGGGUAUCAAAAUUGAAGCUCAAAGAAAAAAUUCUGAAUAUGUUGAAGCCUUAAAAGUAGCAUCAGAACAGUUUUCUGACCGAGUCAUGAAACCAUGGGUAUGGUCGGACUUCACAUACUACCUCACCGAGGAUGGCCGCAAUUACAAGAAAAGCGUGGAAACUAUGCUUCAAUUCACUUCAUCUGUUAUCAGAGAGCGAAAGAAAGAGCUACUCAAGAGAAAGAAAGAGGAAGAGGAAGGCGAGAAUCACGCAGAUGAUGUCGAGACAAAGAAACGAAAAGCUUUCCUGGAUCUUUUGUUGGACCUCCAUAUUAAGGACAAUAUUCUUAGCGAGCAGGAUAUUAGGGAAGAAGUUGAUACGUUCAUGUUCGCGGGACACGAUACAACUGCUAUGGGCAUCAGCUGGGCGCUAUAUAACAUAGGAUUACGUCCGGAUAUCCAAGAAGCUAUACAUGAAGAGCUGGACGUGAUAUUUGGAAACGAUGACCAACGUCCAGUUACUGUAGAAGAUGUGAGAGAAAUGAAGUACCUCGAAUGCGUUCUGAAAGAAAGUCAGCGUCUAUAUCCUUCUCUUCCGGUCAUUGGCAGAGAACUUGAAGAAGAUGUUGUUGUUGAUGGCUAUACUGUUCCAGCUGGAACAACCUGUAUGCUAGCGACUUUCAUGCUUCAUAGAAAUCCUGAAAUAUUUCCCAAUCCUGAAGUCUUUGAUCCAGAUAGAUUUUUGCCAGAAAACUGCAUUGGUCGCCAUCCAUUUGCUUAUGUACCUUUCUCGGCUGGACCGCGAAAUUGUAUUGGCCAACGUUUUGCAAUGCUGGAAGAGAAAACUGUUGUCGCCAACAUUUUGAAGAGGUUUAAGAUCGAAACGAUAGACAGCAGGGAUAAACUGCGUCUAACAGCUGAGAUGGUACUUCGAAAUGACGGCCCUUUGCGCAUCAGGGUUCACAGAAGACAUCCUUCGUGAGCUGAUAUCAUCUUCGACAUCCCAUUUUAAACUUCGACUACUAGAUAGAAGUAGCCGUUCUGUGGCAACAGGGAAAAGAACCAGAUGGUUAUAUAUUAACUGCAUAGAAGUUUUCCUUGAAUAUAAAUGCAUAUUUGCAUAUAAAGACAACAAAUGUGAACUGAUAUUCAACGUAUGCUCUCAGGAAAAGCUAAUAUUAAAUCUUAUUUCAGGUUCUAUACGUUAUAAUUGUAGAAACCAUCCUAAUUCAUAUGCUCUCUAAUCUUUUUCUGCUAUCUCUUGAAAACACCUCUUCUGCCUUCUGUUCUUAUGAGCCCUCUAAGAGUUUUAUAAAACUUUAUCAACAAAAUAUACUAAGAAACAUAGUAAUUAAAAUUAUAACCAUUGAUCUGUACAUAUAUCAAUAAGCAAAACGCAAGAAAUCAAAAGCAUACAUGUAAAAUAAUUCAUUGCAAAAGUUGUUUAUGAAGUUCAUGUAAGUGUGAUGUUAAGGAAGUAAUGCGAACUUCAUGUCGGAUGUAGUCAUACUUCAGUAAGGAUUUAACUACGUACAUUCUUUUUAAGUCCGAUGCUAUAUGUUCCCUAUCCUAGUCACAGAGGACUGUUUGAAGGUUUUAGCAAAGGUGAUCUUUGAAUCUAAGAUUUUGAUUCUAAGCAACUUAUAAAGAGUUCAGAUAUAUUUUGAAAUUCCGUUUGUUAAGAACUGUUGCCUUCCAACAAACAUUUGUAUUUUAAUCUUCUGUAAAAUAAAGUUUUUAUUUUUCCUUGCACAGCAAUAACUAUCUUGAUGUUUAUCACAGGAUGUUUCAGUAAAUCGGUUACAAACUUUCAGGAGAGAUGGAGUACACCUAGACGAUGAAAAAUCACAAAAGAAUGCAUGGUCGAAAAGGCUUUUCAAAUGCAGUAGUGAAAACACAAGAGACAAAAAAGGAAGAACAUGAAUAGUGUGAGGAAAUACGUUUAUUAUGCUUAGUACAGCAGACAAUGAAGACAUAAGAACAAAAAUAGACAAAUAUUGUCAUCAAAGUAUGUCUCCACGUCUCCGGCACAUGGAAGAUCUAUCGUUCUGGAAAGUACCGGGCAUAUUCCGGCUUUCCUAGUAGCUGUCACGAUACGUGCAAGAAGUUUCUCAGCACUUCUAAAGGGGAUUUCGUACACCAAUGUCUUGACGUAUCCCUAGAAGAAGUAGUCAGAGGUCUGGCGAUCUUUUGCUGCCCAAUGCACGAGACCACCCCUGCCGAUCCCCUGUUGAGGAUAGGUUUCGAACAUAAUUUCGAACACUUUCUCUGACGGCGAUCGCCUGUUUUGGUUCUUAAUUUUUCGUUUCUGCAGAACUAAUCCUCAUAAACAGAUUCUCAUGCUAUUCGUGUCCUUCGUUUCUUGUGUCGUCACUACUGCGCCUGGAAAGCAUUCCCGACCAUACAUUGCUGUGUGUUUUUCCAUUGUCCAGGUGUAUUCUACCUGUCCUGAAAGUUCGUAACAGAUAUGCUGACCCACCUUGUAUAUAGUUCUUGAAAAUAAUGUACAUAUUCCGUAAGUAUUUGAAAAACAGAUAUGGUCUCGGUAGAUUUUCUACCCGCUUUUACUAAAUUUUCAAAAACAUUGACAAAUAUAUUAAUGGGCUUCAAACUGGUUACUGAAAGUAUUACUGUUUGCUAAAUCCUUUGUUAAAUUCGAAUAUAAAGUUAUUCGAACGCUUUGUUAAUUCUCCCAAAGUAUGAGACUGUGAAACGAUGCACGUUGUCUUGACUAUUGUCAACGUGAAACGAUACACAUUGCCUUUUUGUAUAUUUAUUAUUAUUAUCGACAUCACAUUAAUCCUGUAUUCCUGAUUUUUAUUGUUGUUAUUGUUGUUUUCGAUUCAUUUAUGGUAUAACGAAAGUGAAACUGUCUUAGCAUAGAUUGUUCUGCGCUUGAUUUCGUUACUCUGUAUUAUCUCUGUUAAUGCUUACUCUUAUGCUGUUACUUAUUUUAUUUAUGUUUGUAUCAUCUUUCCUGAAAUAAAUCAUUUAAGUGUGUUA